CAACCACCUCCGUAUUUUGCCCUGGCCAUCCCUGAUCCUUCCUUCCCCUUGCCAAUAACCUUCCCCUUCCCCGGAUCCCGGAAUGCCAUGGCCCUCAGGGGUCCCCCAGGGGUCCAUGGGAGCACCCAGGCGAGUGUGGCGUGACGUCAGCCCCAGCGACCAGCUGCCGCCUUCCAAUCCAGACUACGCCUCAUGUCUAUCUAUGUCUAUCUAUCAACCUGCCUGCCUGCCUGUCCGCCCGUCCCUGGAGCUUCCUUCCACAUGCCGCCACGACAUCGGUGAUCUCUGCGCGCCCAGUUCCUGCCCCACGUCCCAUAUCACCGUGGUCCCCGGCUGUUUGACCAGACGUUCCCAAACCAUCUUGUUCGUCCGCCUGGCCUGCCAUGCAGUCUGUGCCUGUCUGCAUCGAUCGAUCGAUGCAACCGAGAAAUCACCAUGUUGCUUCUCCUGGGCCUCCUCCGGCCUUGCUCCAUGCUUCUUUCCUGCCCGGCCUCGCUGCAGCCAUCUUGGCCUCCAUCCCACAGCGUGCCAGCGUGCCGGCGUGCCCACGGCGGAAAGGCGCCAUAGAUUUCGAGCAUGUCUGCAUACGCACCUCGGGCCCGCGUACGCCGGUGCCACACCAUGUGACAGCGACCCCGUAUCGACAGAGGCUGAUGAGCCCUCGGUGUGCCCAAGGAUCGUCUCUGUGCUGCCACGGCCGCAGCCAUAGUACCGUAGAAUAAAAACAACUUAGAACGGCCAUCGAGCGCUUACCAUGUCCGACCCCCUCCGCUGCCUGUGCCGGUCCAGGGGCCCCAUUUCCGCCUGCGGAACCUGCCAGCCAUGUUUUCUUGUUUCAAUACCCGCUGUUCCGCUCGCCAGACACCCCAGCUUCCUGUCCACUCGGCUCCUGGUCCCGCCUUGCAUCAAUUGAUGUGGCCUGCCCCCAUGGGUCCACCCUAGGUGCGCUCCUCCUACCCCCCGCUUGGCGGCCAGACGUCGGGACCUUUGUCCUCC